AUGAUUCGCCGGCAGAUCUGCGACUCCUCCGCCGUCUUCAUUUCCGUCGCCCGCCGCAUCACUUCUCCGACGUCGACAUCCUCGCGUUAUCUUUCAUCCUGUUCACCCGAACACGAGUUGGUAUCGAAUAAGUCUUCAUUCGGGUCUCCGACUCGGGUUCAAAAGCUCAUAGCUUCGCAAUCGGAUCCUCUCCUCGCCAAAGAGAUCUUCGAUUACGCCUCUCAGCAGCCCAAUUUCCGCCACUCUCAAUCUUCUCACCUCGUCCUCAUCCUCAAACUCGGCCGUUCCAAACAUUUCAAUCUCAUCGACGACGUUCUCGCCAAGCAUAGAUCGAGUGGUUAUCCGUUAACCGGAGAAACAUUCACAUAUCUGAUCAAAAUCUACGCAGAAGCAAAUUUACCGGAGAAAGCGUUAAGAACGUUUCACAAAAUGCUGCAGCAGUUCAAUUUCACGCCGCAGCCAAAACACCUGAAUCGAAUCCUCGAGGUUCUCGUCAGCCACAGAGGCUAUCUCCGAAAAGCUUUCGAGCUUUUCAAAAACGCACGGCUUCACGGAGUCAUAGCUAACACGAGAACCUACAAUAUCUUAAUGCAAGCGUUUUGUUUAAACGAUGACUUGAGUAUUGCAUACAAACUGUUUGGCAAAAUGCUUGAGAGAGAUGUUGUUCCUGAUGUGGAGUCUUAUAAGAUUCUGAUAAAAGGGUUUUGCAGGAGAGGGCAAGCGAAUGGUGCUAUGGAAUUGCUUGAAGAUAUGUUGAAUAAAGGAUUUGUGCCUGAUAGGUUGAGUUACACGACGCUGUUGAAUAGUCUGUGUAGGAAGACACAGCUUAGAGAGGCGUAUAAGCUUCUGUGUAGGAUGAAGUUGAAAGGUUGUAAUCCUGAUCUUGUUCACUACAACACGAUCGUUCUCGGGUUUGUUAGAGAAGGUCGUGCCAUGGAUGCUAGGAAGGUUCUUGAUGAUAUGGUGACGAACGGUUGUGCGCCUGAUUUGGUCACGUAUAGGACACUGAUUGGAGGGUUGUGUGGUCAAGGGAUGUUUGAUGAAGGGAAGAAGUAUCUAGGAGAGAUGAUAUCGAAAGGGUUUUCUCCUCAUUUCUCUGUUUCUAAUAGUUUGGUUAAAGGGUUUUGCGGAUUUGGCAAAGUCGAAGAAGCGUGUGAUGUUGUGGAGCUUGUGGUUGAGAAUGGGGAAAGAUUGCAUUCAGAGACUUGGGAAAUGAUUGUUCCUAUGAUCUGUAAAGAAGAUGAGUCUGAGAAGAUCAAACAGUUUCUUGAAGAUGCUGUUAAAGUAGAGAUAACCGGUGAUACCAGAAUCGUUGAUGCUGGUAUUGGUUUAGGAGCUUACCUUUCUAGUAAGCGUCAGAUGAAACGGAAAAAUGUUAGAGAAAGGAGACAUUUUUAG